GGAAAAGUUAAUAAAGAAGUAAAUGAAACAAAUAGCAAAAAAGGAAUCGUUUGGUUCGAUUUAAUCACUUUUAUUGAGAAAGUGGAGCUAUACCUUAUUUUUUUAGUAUGGCAACAAAAUUUGUUUUCGCGAGAAAAAAAACUUGUGAUAGCAUCGUAAAUUUUAUUUUGAUUGCAAAACAGGCAUGAGAAUAGUUAAAAAAACAAACAACAUCUGUACAGUUAGUGUAAGUUACGGUGUUUAGUGUAAAAUUGUAAAUAUUUGUGCCCUCGUGGAGCUGUUAAAGCGAUUCCUGGCCAUGGCGGGCCCUUCGGACGGCGACCCCGACGGCUGGGUCGAGUACUGCGAGCGUGAGGCCCGCGCCGCCGCACAGGAGCUCGCUAAGGGCUGUCUCCCAUACAUUCAGCCCGGUCAUGAAGCUGCUGCUCAACCUCCCACUACCCACAAGGAUUUGCUUAAGAAAUUCAUAGACUGUUUUACUGAACAUUUUGAUAUAGAAAUAGGAAAAUUAAAAGCACUGCACAAAUUGCCUAAUGGAACGCAUACCGGUCAUGACGAGAGUGACUACUCUGAAGACACUGAAUCUCCCCAGACACAGCACAAGCCAUUCUUCAGAAGGCUAUCAUUCAAAGGUCUUAGACGGGGGAAGGGACUUUUUCAUAAACAGCAUUCAGACGAAGUUGAACUCUCAUCAAAUUUGAACAAGCACAACAAGACUAAACUAGCUAAGAUUGUCGUAGAAUGUAGGAAGGAAGGAUUAGUUAAUUAUUUAACACCAGAAAGCUUGGAGCAACCUAGUGGUCCACAAAAAUGGGAACGAUGCAGGCUAGCGCUCGUCAAGACUGUUGGUGGUUAUAUGUUAGAGUUUUAUUCUCCGCCCAAAUCCCAGAAACCUCGUAGCGGUGUCUUUUGUUUUCUAAUAUCGGAAGCAAGAGAGACCACUGCAUUAGAGAUGCCGGACCAUGAAAACACGUUUGUUUUAAAGGCCGACAAUAACAUGGAAUAUGUAAUAGAAGCAUCAGACGUUGACGACAUGAAGUCAUGGUUAGCUACGAUCAAGUACUGCAUGAGGUCGCCUCCAACAGCGCAGCCCCCAGCCGAUUCUCUACCAGAACCGGUUCCAGAACUCCCUCCACGUAGAUCGUUGCCCCCGAGCCCGGAGCCUGAGUUGGCUUCGAUCGCUGAGGAAUGUGCCCCCGAGUUAGCGGAAUGGCCGUGGUUCCAUGGGACCCUGCCUCGGUCUAAUGCUGCAGCGCUGGUGCUUGCUGGCGGGCAUUCGGCGCAUGGAUGUUACCUCGUCAGGCAGAGUGAAACGAGACGUGGGGAGUACGUGCUCACGUUCAAUUUCCAGGGCCGCGCAAAACACCUCCGCAUGACCGUCAGCGAAGGUGGUCAGUGUAGAGUUCAGCAUCUAUGGUUCCCGAACGUGCUCGAUAUGCUCGAGCACUUCAGAGUUCACGCCAUCCCGCUGGAGUCGGGUGGCGCUGCUGACGUCACGCUUGCGCAGUACGUCGUCUGCCCAGACCGACCCGACCAGCAACAUCAAGUAACUCACGGCAGCGACGUGAGGCUUCGCAGAACUGAAUUGGCGGCUCUGCUCUCCGCCCAUGAUCUACGUGCAGUCGAUAAUCAUUACACGUUUGUUUAAACCAAUCUACUCGCAAUAAUCGAUCAUAAUAACAGACGGCGGAAAGUCUAGAAUCGCAUUAAACACGUUCGCGUGAGCAACGUCUUACAGCGUCGUGUUUUUAAAAUUAUGAAAUGGCGUAACGUCAUAUGACGGCCUCUAGAUUAUCGUAUUUGUUUUGUCUUUGGACAUCUAUUUUGUGGGCAAGUUACUAUGGCGCAUCUACUUAGCGCCGCAACACAUUCGAUUUUAACAGCCUACACCGCCGCGUUCCCUAAAAAAAAUUAUCUUAAGAUGUACGUAUUACGACGGGACGUUUUUAGACGUUGCUAAACUUUGUAUGGGAAAAAGGUGCACCACAGUAGCAGUAUUCAGAAAUGAGGUUGCUCACGCGAACGUUUUGAUUUGUUAUUGACAUUUAAAAAAAAGUUACCAUAACCAAAAAAGUUAUAGAUAACGCUAAAACUCGUAAAUACGCUACUAAAGAAAAAAAGCCUAAAUCCGUUGACAAGCAAUGGAGAAAACGGUACUGAAUCGUUUUGUCGUUGCCUAUUUAUUUAAAGAGAUAUCUGAGAAUAGAACGAAAAUUGUAUAGUUAUUAACUAUUAUUACUAAUUUAAUGUAUUUUGUUAGUAAACCUUUAGUUUACAUUGUGAGAAGUAAGUUGAUUUAUGUAUUUAAGAACGUAUUAUCUUGUUAUAUUAUGAUACAUAAAUGAACAUUAAGUUUAAUCAGAUCCAGAUGUCCAUAAACUCUUAUCUAUGACCAUUUUCAGAAGUGAACAAACAACUCGAGAUUAAUAUAAUGAUUUAUUAAUACACACUGUCCCGUUUUCAGAUGCCACAAUAAUCAUCUCUCUCUCCGAUACCCCUAUCUCUGUUGAUUAUCUUCUCCAUUCGCCUUAUCUAUAACUGCACUUUUAAGCCUUCUUCUCCUUAAGGUCUUGAUUCUGGACUAUUUUUAAGUUACCUGAUCACAUGUGAAAUAAAACUGGCGCAUCGAACGACUCAGUUAGGAACUUUGAAAAUUCAGUAUUAUCAAAUGUACUCGUUAAUGCACUAGUUUGGAUUAAAGUACCGCCUGUUUUAUACGUUAACCAUCAAUCACGGCGAGAUGGGAUAAUGCUACGGACAUAAUAUGAUGAAAUGAUUGUGACAGUUUCUCAUAUAACUUAAUAACUAGUAAAACUCUUCGCCUAUGUUAAUUAUUCAUGGCUAUCACUUGAGUCGACUAUUAUCAAAGCCGGCAAUGUGACUUUUGGACAAUUAUUGGUAAAUCAGAAAAACGAAUUAUUGACUUUGUAUUCCAUUGGCAGUCACAAAACUCUUCUGAACGACAUCUUAGAUAAAUAACAGGUUAAGUAUUAACCUUCAUUUAAUGCAGGUUUUGAACCGUAUUCUUUGACGGAGACGAUUAUAUUCAAAUCAAUCUGUAUUGACAUAUCAAUAACAUUUUUUUGUCCAAAUGCACAGAUUGCCACCUUUGAUAAUAGACGACUCACUUAUAGCACGGAUUGAAGAGCGUAACUAAACGUUUUACGGUUUUUAUUAUUUAUAUAUUGUAUAUAGUUAUACGGUAGCUUUGUCACUCCCACCUUCAUAAAUAUUUGUUAUCCCUAAUAUUCUCAUUCGCCUUCGAAUGCAGUAAACGAUGUAGACUUUUUCGCUAAUUUAUUAAUCUGAAGAUUAUACCAUAGUUUAAACAAAUUCUGCUUUAUAUAGUAGAAGAUUAGAUGUCAAACUGGUGUAUGUUUAUUUUAUCAUUAACUUUCCUUUCUCUGUACUGAUCGGAAAAAUUAAUAGUGAUAAAUGUUAUGAGGUAAAGAAAGGCUGCUCCUUAUUGGCGAUUUAUUUGUUUAAAAGUAAAUGUAAGGAACUAAUGAGUGAAAUUCAUCCGAUGGAAUGAAAAUAAACAUUAGUUCUUUUUGUUGUACUCUCAAUUUUGUAUAACUGCGACAUUCUUGAGAACAUAUUCUAGUAAUUAAAGUCAAUAGCCAAUUUGUAGAUAAAAUUAAGGCAAAGUGAUGAUUAUGAAAUAGUUCUCUUGUCACUUUUUGGUACCGAAACCUAUGAGAAAGAUGCCAAAUUGUAAGCAUAAUCUUAAUGUUAUCAUUUUAGGUGUUUAGAGCACACUUACAUGUAGCUAUUUAUUUAAUUAUUUAAUUUAAUAGUAUAAUCGUAAGGUAGCGGAUGAUGUGCAAUCAUUAUUUAUUUAGCGUUUAUGGCAUAGCCUAUUAUUUUUUGAACUUAUAAUAAUAAUAUUAAUGUUAAAAUGUUAAGGUUUCGUUGUAAAGAACAGUAUGCGCAAUAUUCUUUUUAUGAUUGAAGGAUUACUGGUGGCCCGGAGGCCUUUCCAGUUUCACUAGGACAGGUGGGCGAGCAGAGGCUCAGCCAAGAGGGGUGGUAUUGGCUAACAGCUGCCUGAGCGCCUCCGAAGGAGACCUAACAACUCAAGAGCAGCUGCUACGCGAAUGAAUCUACUACCGAAUUGGAAUUUUUUUUUUUUUUUUUAUUGCUUAGAUUUGUGGACGAGCUCACAGCCCACCUGGUGUUAAGUGGUUACUGGAGCCCAUAGACAUCUACAACGUAAAUGCGCCACCCACCUUGAGAUAUAAGUUCUAAGGUCUCAGUAUAGUUACAACGGCUGCCCCACCCUUCAAACCGAAACGCAUUACUGCUUCACGGCAGAAAUAGGCGGGCCGGUAGUACCUACCCGUGCGGACUCACAAGAGGUCCUACCACCAGUAAUUACGCAAAUUAUAAUUUUGCGGGUUUGAUUUUUAUUGCACGGUGUUAUUCCUUCACCGUGGAAGUCAAUCGUGAACAUUUGUUGAGUACGUAUUUCAUUAGAAAAAUUGGUACCCGCCAGCGAGAUGCGAACACCGAUGCAUCGCUCAACAAGAAUGCACCGGACGUCUUAUCCUUUAGGCCACGACGACUUAAAAUAAAUUUAAGCUUUAAAUAAAUUCUUUUACAUGAUGUAAUAAAUUGAAUUUCACAACAGUUUGGAUCGUACCAAUUAAAUCACGUUUCAUGACACUUAUAUUCAGCCGUCUGUGUGCUUAGUGCGAGCUUUUUAACUUAUUUUUAACAGUUUUACCGGUGAUAGGACCUCUUGUGAGUCCGCACGGGUAGGUACCACCAACCUGCCUAUUUCUGCCGUGAAUGGGCUCCGGUAACCACUUAGCAUCAGGUGGGCUGUGAGCUCGUGCACCCAUCUACGCAAUAAAAAAAGUUAAAGCAGCGCCCCUGGCGGCAAACGAAGAAAUUAAAAAUUUACACUAAGCACACAAUUCCACUUAAAUGUUUUUCGAUUAUUAUACUCCGAACAUGUAGGAAAUUUGUAAACAUAAUUAAGUUAAUAAUGUAAUCGAGUAGAAGAAAGCGGAACUAGAGAUAAAUAGAAACAUAGUUUCUGUAACAGAAUCUUCAUAUUACGAUAUAUUAUUAUACGAAACGUCGAACUGACAUUAUGAAAAUUAAAAAAUGCUAGCAAAUUUUACGCCCGUUGCGUUUAUAAAGUUAUUAAAUAUUACAGGGGUUAGCGUAAUAUCAUAAUAAUGUUUAUUCAAAAAACCUAGUAAAUAUACUUUUAAUGGCUUUGGCUAUAAGAAUUUACUGUUUAAUUAACAGAAUUAAGACUAAAAAUUUGUAAUUGUCUAUGGCUAGUUGAGGUAGAGGUUUGAAAAGUGAAAUUAAGACAGGCGCGUGGUUAUUAAACAAAAGACUAGUUGAAUUAUCAUUAUAGCAAUUUAGCACUGUAGUUAUUGUAUUGAAUUGAACGUUUUUUUCGGUUAUAACAGCGGUGGCCAUUAAAUAAAAUUUGCAGAAUUAUUUUAGGUUAUUUAAGUAAUACAAACAUUUGAAAGUAAAGAACAGAUUUAACCAGCGGCUUUAAACCUUUUUUUAAUCAGAGACGCACUAACUUAAGUUAGGUACUCUUUACAAUUUGGAUACAUGCAAAAUUUUUAAUACAUAAUUGAAAUGAAGAUAUUUGACGUGAAUAUAUUAAAAUGGACACCAUUAAUCUAUUAAAUAUAGUUCAUUUUCGAUCUCUUAAAGCUUGACGCGGUGCUUGAGAGUCCCUGGAUUAAAUAAUACACAUAGAAUAAGAAUGAUAAAAUCCAAAGUCUUAUUUAAAUAGCGAAAUGAUCUGUCAAUAUUUAUUUGAUCGUAUUAGUUACUUUCAAGGUUCUGGUAAACAGCUGUAUCAUAUUAUCUACAUAAACUUACAUAACAAAAAUUCAAUUUCAAUUUAAGAUGAUAAAGUUGUAUUGUAAUUUCACAUUGCAGUGAACAAAAAGGCUGAGGCAGAUGCAAUCUUAGAACGAUUAAAUAGAUAAAAAUCCAAAAAUUCAUUUGUAUGGAAUAUAUUAUAAUUAUGGCAAAUGUACUUAAAGGAACUUGCAUUAACAGUAAACACAUAUAUUAUAUUAUAUGUAAUCUGUAAAUUAAAAAAAAAAAUCGAUAUGUUAGCGUAAGCAUAUUUAUAAAAUAAAAACAAAAUUGUUGUUCCGAAUAAUAUACAAUUGACGUGAAAUUAUAUGAAUGUUAUUUAAUGGUGUAAUAUUAAUAUGUGUUUUAAUGUUGUAAAGCUUAUAAAUAUAGUCGUAAUGCUUUUAAUAUAAUUCGAGUUUGCGUGUAUUUGAGUCUGAGAAUUAAUUGUGGUGGGUCACUUCUCUUGAGAGUUGAGAUAUAGGUACUAUCUUAUAGUAUCCUGUAAAAAAAUCCUAUGUAUAGGCAAAGCUUAAUGAUAAGAGGUUAACUGAGUCACAUCGAUACGGCACCGUAAAUACCUACCUACCGCCAAUUCUUGAGGCGAAGGGGGUGAAAUGAAUACUAAAAUGUGUUUAUGGGAUAAAAUCCUUUCAUUCGAACUAAAACGGCUAGCUACUUCACAAAAGAACAUUGUUUGAUGAAAAUACCAUUGCGGCCUCAAGAUACACUCAGACACGUGUAAGAUCUAGUCAUUUUACAGAAUGAAAGGAGAUUACACAACAAAGAGAACAGAGAAGAGUGACUUAGCUUUAGAUCCAAGGACAAUGUAAAAUAUUCAAACGCCUACUCAUAGGUCAUUUUAAUAGGUUACAUUUGACAAUUAAUCAAAAUUCAACAACGUAACCUUGUAACGGCGGGCAAAAUAAUAUAUUUUUUCAUUCACUUUAAUCGAUGUUUUGAAGCAGGUCACCUCACUAUAAAGAUAAAACUGACAGACGUCAAAUGUUACCUAUUAAAAUGACUCAAUAUUAUUCAAACAGUUUUGGUCAACGAAUUCAAAUGCAAUAUAGUAAAUGUCAUACUUACGUUAUGCACUAGCUGACUACUUUUUGAGGAGAUGAAGAAACUUAGAACAGUCCAAAAUACGUUUUACCAUUUUUUUUGUAAUUUUCACAAUAAUAGUUAGGUAGUUAGGCACCAUCAUUAAAUCGAUCAAAAAAGAAAAUAUUAGUUUGAUAGUGCAUAUCGUCCGUAAGAGUAGGUUAUAAGUCGUUAACAUUCCUCGUAAGAUUCGUGUGUAAUAAAUGUAAAUCAAACGAAAUAUGUAUACAGAAUAUAUUU